CUCUUACUUUUCUCCCCUGUCCACACCCCAUCAACACCUGCGGUUCAUCCGCCUUGCUUUCCUCUCGUCGUCUCCCCCAGCGUCGACAGAGUCUGCAUCGUGCGGCUUAGACAGACGCGCACAAUCUGGACGACGACAACCACACCUGACCUUCCCCCAACUGCCAGCCGUUGCGCUUGUGCUUUCACCCUAACCAACCGUCGCCCUGGGCACCUAUCCCUGCCACGCCCAGUGACAGCCAGCUCCGGUGAACUUUGACUGCGGCGGACCCAGCAGCCACCCACGACCAACUGGGUGCCUCUUGACUCACCCCGACCCUGAGACUGUCGCGCGACGAGGACCACGGUACCGACGGCGAGGUUUUCAUUGUUUAUCUGGAGGGCACAGUUUCGUACCAGAUAUAGCACUUUGUCGCUAUAUAUUCCCAGCAGACCCGAGUUUGAACCGUCUCGAGAAGAGGCUUCCGCCCUGCGAACCCACCGCCGCGAUCCCGAUCGCUGUCACACCCUCACCCGCCGCGACCGAAACCCCAAGACACCGUUCGCUUCUUACAUGACUGCAUUCCGGUGCCUUCAAUCCGUGCAACUACGCUGUACCGUGUCUCUUCUCGGGAGCACAAGCCGGCCGACCACGCCACCCUCGAACACUGUCACAACCGGCGAGGCAUCUUGAAGCACGACGGACUUGGGCCCCUUGGAUUCAACUCGAGUGUGCAAAAGUUGCCGUCGCGUCUCGACCGGCCACUGAAAAGGACAGGACGGUACCUGCUUCGUGCUAUCAAAAUAAUCAGAAACACCGUUGCCUUUGUCGGGAUACGAGAACCCGUUGAGUCGACGACCGGCCUGGAAACUUGCAUUGCUUUAUUGUCUUUUGGAUCCUCCGAUCGUCGCUGCGGCCCUGCUGCGUGGAUGAGAUCGUCUCUGGAUCCCCUUUCUGGAACCUUUCCACGGCUUAGCGUCCAAGACGCAAGUUUUGUUCGUCGGGUUGGCUGCAUCGGCAACCCUCCCUGCACCCCCGGCCGAUUCCUCAGGCUCCGCUUGAGACAAGGCUAGGCAGCCUGCAGCCGGGUGACGGGUCUUGACUUUCUUGUCAGAACCACCACGACGGAAUCACUUGUAUUGCUUCAUACCCAUUCAACAAUCACAACCAUCAUCGCCUGUCCGUCCCUCUCUUGGCGACGAACCUCCCCGACUUGCAAACGGUGAGAGGUACAGCGCAGCAGCGCCCGACCCGCCCACCUCACCUUGCGAUCCUAUCGCAAUAACUUUAACUCUGGGAUUUACCCCCGAAAGUUUUGGCGGCAAUGGCCGCACCUAUGCAACAGAUGCCUGGGGGCCUCAUGCAACAGCAGCAGAACCGUUUUGCUGGCGCCAUGUCAGGCCCGGGCAUGGACUUCAGCCAGUUCGCCUUCAACUGUAUAAACAGCGCCCCAUAUAUCGGCCCCGGCUGGCAGACAACCGUCGCAAUCUCGGAGCGUGUCGGCAAGGCUCACGAGCUGAUCACUAGCGCUGUUCUCGCAACCCCAGGCCAGCCAUGGCAAAGGCUCGCUCACCUUUGCAUUCAGUUUGAGCAGAACGCCUUUAGGGAGUCACCAGAUAAGGUCACUUAUGAUCAUAGAAUGAGGCAAAAGAGUGCAGAAAUGCACGCUAGGCGCCAGGGGCAGGUGCCUCAGCUCCAAGAGUCCAUAAACGCCCAGGCAGCACAGCAGCGACAGCAGCAAUUGAUGAUGAUGAAUCAACGGCAGCAACAACAACAACAAGCUGCCCUGCUUCAGGCCCAAAUGGCCGGCAGGGGUGGUGGUCCCAAUCAGGCGGGAGGAUUUCAUCAACUGCAAAAUCCCAUGCAGCUAUCUCAAAUGCCUCAGCAGGCCCCUCAGAUGGGUCUUAGCCUGAGCAAUGGCAUGAACCCGCAGAUGAAUCCAGGACAAGGCGGGUUUCCUAUGGCUCAAGGGCCCCAGCGCGGCCCUGAUCAACAGCAAUUGACCGAUGCAGAUAAGCAGAGGGUUCAGGCACUGGCACAGAACCUGAUGCAGCAGGCAAGUAAUGCCCAGAAACAGCAAAUGAUGCAAACCCUUGCACAACGAAUGGAACCUCAGAGGCUUGAACAAAUGCGGGCUCAAGGCCAGAACCCUCUGGCACUGCUGUUCCACCAAGAGGCACAGAAGAGGUUCCUCUUGGCCCGGCGAAAUCAGAUGCAGCAAAAGCAGGGAAUGCCGCCCAACACGCCUGGCAUGCAAAUGCAGCCCGGACCACAGCGCCCAACAAAUCCGAAUAUGAUGAACAACAUGGGCCAGCAAGGUGGACAGAUGGGGCCGUACGGCAACAACAUGGAGAGCAUUAUGAAUGAGCAGAAGCAAGGUCUCCUGGCCGAGCAGGCAGGCCAGCUCGUUGUCCCGGCGAGCUCAGGCCCUGGACGCAAUGCUACGCCUCAGCCUCUCACAGGCAUGCAGUCGCAGAACAUGUUCUCUCAAGGCCAAAACCAAACGCCCCAGCCCCAGAUGCCGAACGGCUUCACCUUGCAGCAGCAGCAGAUGAAGCAACAGAUGGCUGCUUCGCACGCGCAAGCACAAAUGAGGGCGGCGGCCCAGGCGAAGGGCCUACAGGGCCAACCAGGAGGGCUUAGCGGUCCCAUGCCGGCAUCGCAAAGCCCGGCGAUGGAUAAUUUGAACGCGCCUGUGAGACAGCCACCAGUCGCCAUGGGACAGAUGGGAAGUAACCAAGGCCAGCCGGGAAACCCUCAAUUCGGCCAGGGACUUGAUCCUCGCUUCAACCAGCCGGGAGGCCCGGGGCAAAUGACUGGCAACCCCAACAUGCCGCAGGACCCAGCCAUUCGACAAAUGCUUUCUCAGCUUGACCCUGAACAGAGGCAAAAGUUCCGUCAGCUGCCGCCAGAGAAGCUCAACGAGUUGUUCUCCAAGUGGAAGCGCACAGGCAUGCUGCGACCAGGGCAAAUGCAGCCGGGAGCCCCCAUGAACCCUGCCAACGCUGCAAACCCGAUGGCCAACGGCAUGCAUCAGCCGCCACAAGGAGGAAUGGGCCCUACGGUGCAACAGCCUAACCUCCAGAACCAGAUGAAUCGAUUCCGUGGCGGUGGCGCCAAUCCUUUGCAGCAUCCACAAGCGCAGAUGAUAAUGGACAACAUGGACCUGCCUCCUCAGGUGAUGCAGCUUAUCCCUGGGGUACCGCCGGAAGCUAAGAAAUGGGGACAAUUUAAGGCUUGGGUCUCACAGACGGGCGCGGGCAUACCCGACCAGCAGAAGCAAAUGCUGAGGAGUUACCAGCUGGCUCAAUUCAAACGCAUGAUCGUGAACCACGGACAGGCUGGCGGUCCGCAGCAACCUGGAGCCCCCAAUGCGAAUCCUCUUGCAAACCUGCCACCCAACACCCCGACGCCUGAUGUCACUCCUCAAGAGAUCCAGCAAUUCCGAAUGUCACAACAGAACUUCAGGGAUGCUCCAGAGGAGCAGAUCAAACUCUUUAUUCAAAGAAUCAAGUUACAGAGAAUGCGACAAGCGAUGGGAAUGGUCGGUCAGCCACCACCCGGUCAACCUGCAACAACACUCGGCGCGCAGCCAGGUGCCCUUCCGAUCUCUUCGGGGCCUCAGCAAGGUAUGCAGCCAGGACAGGCUGUCUCGGCGCCUGCGUCCGCGCCAGAGCCUGGCCAGACUCCUGUUACUGCCGGGCCCCAAGCCAACCGGCCCCCUCAGCCCAACAUGGUUGCGCCGCCGAACAACUUGGCGGCCUCGCAGCCGAAGAACAACCUCAAACGCUCUGUCGAUGAUCUCGAGGCUCCCACACAGCCAAAUUCCAAUGAUCAGAGACCGGCUUCUCAGUCUGUCCAACUUCCCGCCGGUAACCUUCCAAACUUUACACCGGAGCAGAUAGCGAAGAUGACCCCAGAGGCAAGGCAAAGGUAUGAGGCUCUGCGAAACCAGAACCAAACGCCGGAGAUGGCACGCUUCAGAGCCAUCUGCCAGGAAGAGUUGAAGUCCUUCGAAACUCAAAGGUUCCCCGAGGUCUCCAUGACUCCGGACAUGCGAAACCAGCUGGCGGUUGGCAUCGGCAAGAUUUCGCAAGAGAUCAACAAGUACAGCAAGGCCAUAAACCCCUGGUUCCGAGCAACCAGAGACGAGGCCAGGCUGAGGGCUUUCCUCAGAACGCGUAUGCGAGUGAUGAAUCAGUACCACUCCAAUAAUAACAACAAGGAGUCGUCGACCCUGAAAGAUAACCUGACGAUGACGAUGCAAGAUAUAAGCCAGGCGCAAGCACUAUGCCAGAGCAUCCACAAGGACCUAGCGUCCAUCCAGAGAGGAGCUCGGCCACCUCAGCCCGGAGGAGCUGCAACGAGCCAACCGGCAGUCCCGCCUCAGCAGCCUCAGCAAGCCCAACAACCCCAGCGGACUGAUCAGCCGGGAUCUAACCAAGUACCGACACCUCUGAACGAGGCAAACCUGGCCAAGCAGACUCAAGCUCUGAACAAAGCACACCAGAGGUCAAACAGCAAGAGUGGACAACCACCAGCAGCUCCUACCUCGAGUCAGCCGCCAUUCCCACUCGGGGCCGCCUCACCAGACGGCAAGCCUCUCUGGGUUGCCUCAACCCCUCUUACUCAGGAAAAGCUGCAGCUCCCAAGCGCGCGCAAGAAGAUCAAGACGGCCAAUGGACAAGCGUCAUCACCUGCGGUUUCCAGCCAGAACGCAUCGCCACAGACGAAGGUCACAUCUCCGGACCUGAAGAAGAAAGAGCCCAAGCCAGCACCCAAGCCAGCGUUUAUAUGUACGGAGCCCGGAUGCGAGAUGACCGAGACGGGGUUCCCGACGGAGGAGGCGCGCAAGCAGCAUCAUCAGGAAGUCCACGUGCUCCCAUACGAGGACCCGCAGCAGUUCAUGCAGCAGUCAUUUGCUGCAGCCUUCGGGCUGGACGAGCAGGGCCAGCCCAAGCCGCAGCCGCAAGCUGCCACAGAAGAAGCGGCUCCCAUGUCACGCGAGACCUCGGUCAAGCAACAAGGCGCAACACAAGGUGCCAGGGCUGGUGACAACAAGGCGGCAGUGGCUGGUCCGAAGCCUGGGGACAAGAGCGUGUCUGAGCAGGCUGCCUCUGGUUUCCAACCCUCGCAGGCGGUCGACCCUCUCGUGAACACAACCAUUGACCCUCAGAGCCUGAUGGCGCCAAUGAUGCACCUGUUCGACCCUGCGGCUGGCGGAGUCAUCUCGGACAUGACCCUGUACCAGUCAACGACACCGCCCGAGGACACGCCCGAGUCGAGCGCGAGCAAGGAUAGCGGGUCAUCCGAGCCCAACAGUGACAUACCGGAGACAGCGAACCUCGAAAUCGAUAUGAACUGGCAGAAUUUCGAUGACUCGACACUCGUGAGCGGCAUGGCGGCCUUCGGCAUGGACAUGGAACUCAACAGCUUCGAGGGGAUGGCAUCGUUCCCGAACGAUGACAUGCUGAUCACAGAAGACAUGCUUGUGGAUGUGGACAAGCCGUUCACGGGGCUUGACCCGUCCCUCUACGAACUCAACACCUUCUGAGAGAGACAGAGAGAGAGAGACACACACACACGGAGAGAGAGAGUGUGUGUGUGAAUGUGCGCGAAAGAUGACAGCAAGCGGAGCUCGCCGAAAUAUUCAUUGAUUCACGUCCUCAGCGUUCCUUGAUUCAAAAUUAAGAAGACAUGGCGUUUGCCUGAGAAUUGACGGAGUUUAGGGAUCGGGUGGUGACCCAGGUUUAGGCGGGUUUUGCCGAGUGCGAUUAGGUGGAUAAAAGGGGGUUUCAAGGAUGUUUAUGGGAAGGGAGCGGGGAGGGGGGACGCUUUUAAGGAUGAUACCCGCCGGCGAUUUUGUUUUGAAUGCAUCUCUUACUCCUGGGAGGCCUACUUUACCAUCUAACCGAGGAGGCUUGGUCGCAUUGGUUGAACGAGCAAGCGACUGUAUUUUGGGGUGCAGAGCCAUAUUCAAGCAGGUAUAUAAAGGGCAUUGCGGAGAGACACCUACCUAGGUCAUUAUUUGGUGGGGGGAGGGGAGGAGGAAGGGGGAAGUGACUUGUAUGCCCAUUUGACGAUACUUCUACUACUACAACAUGAAUAACAUGACGAUGAUGGUGACA